CGUGAACGACGACGAAGACAAACAGAGCACCUAGUUUUGCUCAUGUAGAUGACAGGUUACUCAGAGAGAGAGGAGAGAGGAUCGCGGCUCCGACUGGCAUCGGGCGAUCCAGCAGAUGAAAUGGCGGUGAGGCAGAGGAUUUUCAACUCAACGGCGCCGUUCUCCGGGUCACCCCAAGCCGAGCUGAAGGGGUCUUACCCAUCAUGCUCAGCUGCUGACCAGGAGACCGAGGAGGAGGAAGAGGAGGGGAAGGACAGCAAAAUGGACUUCCCACAUCUAAGCCCUUUACUUAAUAAACUCCUAAUGCAUGGAACUGCAGAGCAAGUGGGCGAAAUGCCAUUGAAGACCUCAACCUUCAUUGCACAGGCUGAAUGUGAAACCCAGGACUCACAGGAGUUUAUCCCAUCUUGCACACGCUUUGUUCCCUCCCCGAACUGCUACUUCAGUCUUUCCUCAGACCACAACAAUGUGGCAUGCCCAACAACAGCCUCCGUGCAGGAGCCGGGCAGCCCCUCAGAACAAUUCAAAUCCAGGAAAAAGACCAGGAAGAGACAGAAGCGUAAGGUGAAGAAAAGAGAGUCGGAGAAGAACAAGAAGCAGCAACGCAGACAGCGAACGCAUUCUGGAGUCCCCGAACAGGAGAGUGGAAGUUCUCUGUUCCAGAUUCGGGAAGAGUCGUCUCUUGGAGGCAGAAGCAGCCUCAGUGGGUCCUGCUGCAGCAGCGUUGAAAGCUCAGAGGAGCAGGACAGAGGGCCUCCUCUCUACAGCCGAAAGAUUUACAACACAGGCAACUCCGGCUGCUCUCCUCUGAACUGGAGGCACCAGGUGUGCGGCUCCCUCUCCAGUCUCCGUUCCUUCGGGCAGGACAGUGACUCUGACUCCCUCAGCAGCUGCGGAGACUGCUCGCUGGCCCUGGCUGGCCUCAGGGGGAGCGUCAGUCAGGGAGACCCAUGCUACGCUGGGCCCUUCUUCAAAGCUGUGGAGAGGGAUGCGAGAGAAGAAGAAGACGAGUUCUCUGCAGCCGAUUCCAUCGGCAACGAGGGAAUAAUCUUUUAUAAUGAUAAAAUUCAGCCUGUUGACUCCGAGUACAAGGAGGGGAGGGAGUUUGUCCUCACACAUUUUAUCAAGGAAGGCUCCUAUGGUGAAGUUCACGGUGCUCGAGACGUCAACACAGGCUUCAGAUUUGCUGUGAAAAAGAUAACCUUGGAGAGGUUCAGCAGUGAGGAGGUCGGUGCGUGGAGUGCCCUCAGAUCUCCUCGUGUGGUGGAGCUCUUCGGAGUGAUCAGGGAGGGGACGAAUGUUGUCCUCUUCAUGGACCACAAAUCUGGCUCUCUGGGCCAGCUGAUCGCAGAGCGUGGCCGGCUGCCAGAGGAUUUAAGUCUCCACUACCACUCACAAGUCUUAACAGCGCUGGAGUACUUGGUGAAGAAAAAAGUGGUGCACCUCGACAUUAAAGCCGACAACGUGCUGCUGUCGGACGAUGGGACCGAGACCUUCCUGUGCGACUUCGGACACGCGGAGAGACUCGAUAGUCAGGGACAGAGCCUCUGUGGGUCGAAUGUUCUGAAGGGCACCGAGACCCACAUGGCCCCUGAGAUUGUUAAAGUGGAACCCCGCGGAGCCAAAGCAGAUGUGUGGAGCAGCUGCUGUGUGUUACUGCACAUGCUCAACGGGUGUCAACCCUGGACAAGAUACUACACCUGUAGACUGUUUCUGAAGAUUGCUGAUGAGCCACCGCCUCUGAGAGAGAUCCCACCCGACUGUAGCCCUCUCACGGCAGACGUUCUGAAGGCGGGACUCCAGAAGGAUCCGGUAAAGAGGGCGUCAGCCUUUGACCUGAGAGAAAAAACUGACAGAGCUCUGAGAGAAGUUGGAGGACUCACCAGCCCAGUGAAUGGACCCUACACCGAGCCCCUGUACGUCGACAACAAACCCCCUGUCUCCCUGCCACUCGUUAGUAGAAAUGUUGACCAUGACGAGGUUGAGGAAAAUCGAGAGACUGUCCAGAACCUAAUCCCAACAGGGAGGAAGAUGAAGGAACUUAAUGAUGAGGAAGAGGAGGCUGAUGAAGAUGAGUUAAAGCCAGGCUUGCAGUGCUCGCCACGAACACUGAUCUACGAGCCGAACCACAAGAGGUGCAACAAGUUAACCACAGUGUCUGAACUCGAGCUUCGUAAACUGGAGCGAGAUUUCUACCUGAGCAGUCUGUCCCAGCCUCAGUCUGCUGAGAUGCAGGUGCAGCUCUUGUCUUGUCUAAGCAGUGACGCUUAUUCAAACUGGGAACCAUGGGACAAAAAGGACUCUGGCCGCUGGUCCCUGAGCCCGGGAGACGACUUCAGUUCCGGUGUCUUCUCCUACAACAGUCAGCCAGAUGUGCCGGUCUUCAGUUUGGAUUUGCUGGCUAACACCCACCUGCCACCACCCUGUUGCUUUGAAGGGGUGGACAUCUGCAUUAGAGACUUCAACGGGAGAAGCAUCCGGAUCAGAGAGACACGCCGGGUGAAGGUGGGCCACAUCGCUACAGGAAUUAGUGAUCAGAUCUCUGCGAGAGUUUUCACUCUGGAGACGCAGGAGGGACAUCAGGUCGCUCACGACGAGGAGGUGCAGGAGUCCGGUCUGGAGCUCUGCUGCGUUCCCGCUCCAGACUUCAGCACCACCUGGACGUGGAGGAUCAGAGACGGAGUGAUGGAGUCUAGAUAACUCCCUCCUCCUAUUGGCCACAGUGUCAUCUUAUCUUUCAGUCAUAUCGCCUUGUGUUGAGUUACUUUUAACAUGUGCCUUUUGUUUGUCUUAUGGUACAAGGACCGAAUGUCCGCGUGAAAAAAAAUCCAACUGAACUGCCUCAUGUUUUGAAGCCAUAAUGUGCGUCGUAGCUUUUUGUCUUUUCCGUAUCGAAGCGCUGAGAAUACUGUGAUGUUUACAUGUUGCUUGUUUCUAUAACAAAUUUACAUGGUACAAUAAACAGUACAUUGACCUAU